CUAGCCACACCGGCCGAUCGGAUCGCAUCUGAAUUCAACGGAGAGCGAUAUGUUGAGCUGUUCUUCAGAGUGCAUCUGAAGAGGAAAACUCUGUACUAUGGCCUGAACUGGAUCAUACCAUCGAUUCUGAUCUCAAUCAGUAACGUUCUCGGCUUCACCAUGCCACCAGAGUGUGGUGAAAAGAUUACCUUACAAAUCACGAAUCUUCUCUCCGUGACUGUGUUCCUCGGAAUGGUCUCCGAGAUCACUCCACCUACUUCGGAAUCGAUCCCUAUAAUCGCGGUAUUCUUCUCACUCUCAAUGCUUUUACUGGGCUGCUCUAUCAUAGCGACGUUGGUCAUUAUCAAUGUUCACUUCCGAUCUCCAAGGAACUCAUCAAAUGGGGAAAUGGAUACAAUUAAUCUUCCUGGAAUGGUUACCGUGGUUUCUUCUGAUGUCACGUCCUGGAAAAAAGUUUACGCGGCGGCGGCAAAAAGGCUCCUCCGAAAAUGGAGACGAACCAUUCCGAAAAACUGCUGGGAAGCAUGUUGUGGUGAUAGACGACGAACAAAAUAG